UUAAAUUAUACACAUAAUAUUUAUUCCUGAGCAACUUAAACAUACUCAAAAUUGGGGACAAACUUGGGGAACACGGAAAAAUUUGAGGAGCACGGAAUAACUUGAAACAUGCCGGAACAACUAGAGCUUGUAUGGAAAAAAGCACUAGAUAGCAGAACCUUAAUGCAGUUUAAAUGCCAGUGGCUACACAUUGGACCAUUUUGGACAAAUCAUGAUCAAGAAACCAAGUUCAGUAAUCACUUAGAGUAUGAUAUGAUUAAAACAAGACCAAGAAAAAAAACAAGGUGCAAAUUCAAUGCAAUAUACUUCACUUUUAAUCAUAUUGAGUUUUAUUAAAAACUGGGCAUUUCAAAAAAAAAUAGUAAAUGGUAAACAACCAUAAAUUUUAUAGUAAAAAUAACAAAAAAAACUCUUAAAAUUCGGAAAAUUAUAAUUUCUUGGCAACUAAAUUUUCUGAUUGCUUUACAAUAAUUAAAUAAUCAGCCUUUUAUAUCAUGUUAAAUUGUCGAUUGGUUGGGAUUAAUAGUCUAUUUAGUAAAUAAUUAACUUUUACUUUUUAU